AUGCAAUUUAUAAAAAGCAUCAAUCAAAACUUAACUUCCAAAAAAAGGAAAAAAAAGCGGGAAAAAAAGACGCACAGUAACCAAAAGAGUAAAACUAAUAUAUGUGGCAAUACAGAAAUUGCAAAUAUUGUUGAACUUACUAGUCAUGAUAAAAAUAGUAGCUCUACUAGUGUAAACAAACACAAUAACAACAGCAGCAGCAGCAGCAAUAUUAAAACUAAAGUAAUGGAAGAUAUAUUAAACGUGACUGAUGUACCACUUUACCGCUCGGAAUCCAUGCAAGACCCUAAUAAAUCUAAGAAAAUCACUACUUUAUCCGCCCUACAACCUUGUAAUAGUAGUUCAGAUUUUUCUACUACUAGGUUAUUAAACAGAGGCAACAUGAGUAACAAUACCUCAGGUAUUCAUACUUUUGCUGAUAAAUAUGACGAAAACAAAAAUUACACGACAGCGAGUGAUACCUCCAACUGUAAUAAAAAAAAAUCUUUGGAUUCAAUGGAAGUAUUCCACAACACAAAUGAGUGUGAGGAGAGGAUUAAUGUCCAAAAUUACGCUUCUAAAAGCAAAAAAAAAACUGAUAAUAACUAUUGUGGCUGUUGCUGUAGUGACACCUCCGAUAAAAGUAAUAAUACUAAUUGUGACAACAGUAGUAGUAGUAGUAGUAGUAAUAAUAAUAAUAAUAAUAGUAGUAGUAGUAAUGAUAAUAGUAAUAUUAAUGGCAAUACUGUUAAAAAAAAUAAUACUGACAGAGAUAUUUCCAAAAAAAUUCCUGAAACCAAAAAUUUUUAUUUAAACAAUAUUAACAAAUUUAUAGAAAAGUUAAUGGAUUUGCAUGCUGAUGACGAUACCUUUGCCACAAACAAUGUUUCAAUUAAGGAGUCUAAAGAUGAUUAUAUAUAUUAUAAAAAUACAAUCACUAAACUAAAUAUUUUUUUUAAUUUUAAUAAUAGCAUAGACACUCAAAAUUUAUUUGAUAAUGUGGAUACCAGGUUACAAUCAUUUUUGAAUUUUGUAAGCAGUUCCAGUCAGCAAGCAAUGGUGCAGUCAGCCAAUGAAAAAGAUUUUAAGAGUGAUCGUGCCAAUAAUCAUCCCGAUCUAGGUAGCACGAGCAAUGAUACUCCCGCUGCUACUGUUUCCACUAAUACUAAAAAUACGAGUAUGGAUGCAAUCAGUGAUAGCAGCAGCAGCACUGAUAGUUCUGAAUUGAAUUGCCUAAAAAAGGACAAGCCUGAUAUUAUGGAAAAAUAUUUGAAAAAGUAUACAUAUAUACUUAAACAACAACCAAUUGAAUUCAUAAAUCAUGAUUUAUCGUAUUUAGGAAAAGAGGAGCCCUACUUGAAAAAAAAGGGUGCGGAUUUGCAUAAGAUUAUAGAAAAAAUCGAUUCUUUGAUUAAUUUAUGGUAUUUACAAUACUGUAAAUUAUUAAUAGAUAAUAAUAUUUUUCUUUUCCCCCAAAAUAACUACAAUUUGGACUAUAUUAAUAUUCACAAUGAAAAACUUUUCUAUAGAAAUGUACAAAUAAUUAGAGAAACCAAAAACAAUGAAAUUCUUUUUGAUCUAAGAGACGAUAUCAGCGACAAUAAUAGUAUUAACUCAUCUAGACAGCAAAUCCCACUUGUGGCAUUGUUAAUUAGAACAAAAUUGGAUUCCGUUUGGGGAUAUCAGUGUGCAUCCGAUAAUCCCAAUGUCAAAAUUGUUGACUAUGUUUUAAUGAAUUUGACAGACGUGGAAAUUACUGAUAGAAAGGGUAAAGCGCAACACUUCAACAAAAUUAUGUCUAAAAUUAUUAAAAAUUUCAACAACGCCUCAAUUCAACAGCAAAGUGAACAGAAUAAAAAUGCUAACGAUAACACCAAAGACGUUAUAGAUAACUUUGAAAUUAUACGGAAAUAUUCAGAAUAUUUGAAAAAUUAUAGAAAAAUUUAUGUUUCUGAACCAGUUAGAAAAUAUUUAUAUGGCAAUAUAAAUGAUGCUGCAACUAUUAUUAAUGAAAAAGAUAUAAAAACAUGUGAUAUACAUAUACCAUUCGAAUCAAAUGUAUUCCAUGCUGUAACUACGCCCUCGCUCUGGGCCUUGGUUCCCUAUAAACGGUGGGAUUUUUUUUUAAACGAAAUUUAUAGAGUUUUAAAACCUGGUGGUGUUUUCGAUACAGUUUUCAUUGAUCUUAAAUUAUCUAAUCUCCUACCUAAUGAACAAGAAACGGGAUUUAAAUUUAAAACAACCAGAGAAAAAUCAAUUAUUCAUGACAGGAUUGUAACAAAUGCAAUUCAAAAAGGGUUAAAAGUUCAAGGUUCAAGAUAUUUGUAUGAUCAUGUUAAAAAGGCAGGUUUUGUAGACAUUGAAUAUUCUCUAAUAUGCUUGCCCUUGGGAAAUUUUAAAACUAAGAUGGGUUUAAUGUCUGAAUUUUGCAAUUCUUAUAUAUUUGACACAACAUGUCGAGCUUUACUAAAUGAAACAGAUUUGGAAAUUUUUAAAAGUUUAAAUAUCGAUCCAUCCACAAUCCAAAAAAGAUAUCAAAAAGAACAUUGGGAAAAAAUCGAUAAUGAGGCUGGGUGCACUAGAAUAUUGAUAAUGAAGGCAAAAAAACCACUGUAG